AUGAAGCUAAAAGUUAGCAGUGGACUGCUGGAGCAAGUGCGUACAUAUGAGGAAGAGCGGAAGCUGAUUGACCAGCUACGAGACAUUGGUCUCGACGAGUACAUCGAAUUGCCGCAAAUCGCCGUUAUGGGGGACACUUCCAGUGGCAAGUCGUCCCUGUUAUCGGCACUAUCGGGUAUCUCUUUCCCAUCUUCCGACCAACUCACCACAAGAUGCCCCACACGUGUUCUCCUCACACGUGCCGAUACCUUUCGUGGUAGUGUGCGUCUAAUCCGAUUUCAGACGAGUGCCAAUGAUGGAGGCGAGAACAAGAAACGAGAAGAAAUUGAAAGCCUUAAUCGCAUGGAAGACGUCCCAGAUGCUAUAACAAAGCUUACCAAGAAACUUGUCUCGGAGGGCCAGUACAUCAGCGAUGAUGAGAUUGUCAUUGAGAUGAGUGGUCCUAACCUACCUAAUCUCACGCUCACGGAUCUACCAGGACUUGUGCGUACGGUGGGUGAUAACGAAGAUCAGAGUAUUAUUUCGAGGAUUCGGCAAAUUGUCAACAGAUACAUGCAGCAGGAGCGUACUAUCAUUCUCGCUGUCGUACCAGCUAAUGUGGAUAUGCAUAAUACGGAAAUACUGCAAGCAGCACAGGAAGCCGAUCCGAGUGGUACUCGAACGAUCGCUGUGAUAACAAAGCUGGAUUUGGUGGAUACUGGUGCCGAGGUAGGUGUUCAUGAAUUACUGCUGAACAAGAAGAAGUGCAUGAAGCUUGGCUAUCAUGCCGUCAAAUGCCGCAAUCAGCUAGAAUUGACAAACGGCACGACGAUUGAAAAGAGUGUGGUGAAUGAGAUGUCAUUUUUUAGUGAGCAUCCGUAUUGGCGUCGCCUACCGAACCAUUUGUGGGGUGUGUCAAGAUUGGUCGAGAGGUUGGUGUCCAUCUUGCAAGACAAUGUCCGUCGGUCAUUGCCGAAGGUUAUUGAAGAGAUCAACACGCGCAUGGUUGAGACGCAAUAUGCAUUGUCAAGUCUGGGCUUGGCACUAGAGACACCCGGUGCUCAGCGCCAGCGCUUUGGCAAGUGGGUAAAUCAAUAUUUGCGCAUGAUGGAAGCUGCAAUAAACGGGCAGUAUGAACUCUUGCCUCCUAAUGCCGUUUCAUUCAGUAGUGUCCAGUCGGAAGCACGCUUGCGAGCUGUACUGAGGCAAAAGGACUUGAUCUUUCGGGCUGAAAUUGAAGCUAAAAAGGCAAAUGACGUUCUUGGGACGAGUGAUUCGUUGUCGUCAACAAGACCAAGUUCAUAUGCAGGAUUCCAGAAAUCAAAAGCUGAUGUUGCUGUCGGGGACCGUGUCACUGUGCAAGUUGGGAGACAAAAAGAGGUCGUUUGCAAAGUGGUGAAGACGAACAGUACAGAUGUGCUAUGCGAAAAAUUGCCACACGAGUGGUUGGGUGCUUCGCGCUGGCAAUUUGCUACUGAUGAAGCUGGAACUUCCGAGAACAAGAAUGAAGCUCUAAAACAAUUUAUUGCGGCGAAUCGGGGUGACGAACUCGCCAUCUUUCCUUCCUACCGCAUCUUUUGCAGCUGUGUUCAGCGAAGUGUGAUAGAAUGGGAGCGACCCGCUUUGCAGCUACUCGAGCACUAUCACACACAAACAGGAUCGGUUUCAAGUCAUUUAAUUUCUGUACUGUUAGCAGAUUCUGAUAACGUACGCAGCGAACAAUUUUUCAAGGAAACAAGUAAACGAGUACUUGGAAAGCUGCAAGAAGGUGCUCGUCAAGAGCUAAAGUUACUAUUGCAACAAGAAGCUCGGCCUUAUACACAAGACACACGUCUGUACGAUGAAUUGGACCGGCUUCGUCAACAAGCGCUAAGUGCCAAACUGGAAGCUGCACUUCCACGUGGAGAUACAUGUGGUCGAGUAUCGUUGAUUGACGUUACGCGUGCAUUGGAAGAAAUUUUAUCGAGACCAUUUGCUAUGUCCUUGGACGAUCGUGAAGUGCUGGAGAUGGAAAUUGCUUUGUCUGCUUAUCUGAAAGUGGCUUCGCAUCGAUUUAUCGAUAUGGUGCCUAUAAAACUAAACGAAAUUUUGCUGAAAUCUUUUUUGCGUGAAAUGGAAAAUGAAUUGCUCGAAGCAGCUUCGGAUGAAAAGGUGGCAGAGUUAUUACAAGAAAAUAGUGAUAAGGUGAGACGCCGUCAGCAGCUUUUUACUCAAUUGUCCAGUCUUAAGAAAGGAAAGCAAAUUAUUGAAACGAGUACAUCUUGGUAA